UUGAAACCCUUUAUCGUGUUCUCUCGUUAUCGCCUUCGUUGCUUCGGUUCUCUGUUUCGUUCCUUCUUUUGGGGGUUGACGAUCAGGAACGUAGAACACUUGCUCGACGAAUCCUAAGUGGUAGGAUUUGAGGCGACGGAAUGCUUGCGCUUUUUAGGAACGAGAUCUUUCUGUCCCGGGGGCUCUCUGAUGAAACCCGUUGAGGGAUUUGCUGGAUUUUCGGGGUAGGUUACAGAACAGGGGACGCAUAAGGAACUGGUCCAAGUCUGGGGAAAGAUAUUUGGACUCUUGAGUUAUAAUCAUGAAUGCAGUUAAGAUGGUAGAGAGAAUGCUGGUGGUUGGUGAUCCAAAGUUGCAUGGAGGAAUGUUCAGAAUGCUUUCCACAAUUGUUUGUAAGGUUUUGGAGAUCUUCCCAUUCAUAGAAGCUGCUAGACCUAGAAGUAAAACCGGAAUACAGGCGCUCUGCUCACUGCACGUGGCUCUUGACAAAGCCGAAGGACUACUACAUCAUUGCUCAGACUGUAGCAAACUAUACUUGGCUAUAACUGGGGAAUCCAUACUCCACAAGUUUGAGAAGUCUAAAAGUGCUCUGCAAGAAAGCCUUAGACGUGUUGAAGGCAUAGUCCCAGGAGCUAUUGCAUGCCAGAUUAUGGAGAUUGUUGGUGAGCUGGAGACAACCAAUUUCAUAUUGGAUCACUCCGAGAAGCAGGCUGGUGACAAGGUAAUCACUUUGCUUAGGAAAUACAGAAAAUCCAACGGUAGUUCAGAUGACAACGAAGAACUUGAAUCAUUCCAUCAAGCUGCCUCAAGGCUGGGCAUUACCUCUUCCCGAGCAGCACUUGCUGAGAAAAGAGCUCUCAAGAAGCUUAUGGAAAAAGUCCAUGCUGAGGAAGACAAACGGAAGGAAGCUGUUGUAGCUUACUUGUAUCAUCUCAUGAGGAAGUACUCGAAGCUUUCCAGACCUGAGUUGGCAGAGGAUCUUGACUCUCAGGGAUCAGCUCCAUGUUCUCCCGCUGUGCUAUGUUCUGAAAAGGUCUCUGGUCCACAUGGGAGGUGUCAUGCCUUUGACAGACAGCUCUCCAAACUUAGCUCUCUUAAUCUCAACCGAAGCGGCCCAAGAACAGCAAGCGUGCCCAUCCCCCCAGAAGAAUUCAGAUGCCCCAUCUCCUUGCAGCUCAUGUAUGAUCCUGUCAUCAUCUCAUCUGGUCAGACCUAUGAGCGUGCCUGCAUUGAGAAGUGGUUCAGUAAUGGACAUGUCACCUGCCCGAAAACUCAGCAGCAUCUCUCCCACCUCUGUUUAACUCCCAACCAUUGUGUUAAGGGCCUGAUUGCUAUUUGGUGUGAGCAGCAUGGAGUUCCUGUUCCAGAUGGCGCACCAGAUUCUGCUGAUCAUUGGAGGCUAGCUUUGUCACAGUAUGAUACUGUGGAUUCCAGAUCCUUGGACAGUACCAUAUCUUGCAAGUGGACGGGCAUCAAGGAGGCUGGUUUGGAUGACAAUGGCAUUGCAGAGGAGCUCAAAGAUAGCCAUGAUGGUAUCUUGGACAAGUGCUCUAACCAAGAUCAUGAGGAGGAUGAACUUGAGAGAUAUCAGGGUUUACUGGCUGCAUUAGAAGAGGAUAAAGGUAUGUGGAAGCAGUCGAAAGCAGUAGAGCAGAUAGGAUACCUGCUGAAGGACGACGAAGAAGCAAGGAUCUUUAUGGGUUCAAAUGGGGCUAUAGAGGCACUUGUUAAGUUCUUGAGAUCAGCUAUCCAUGAUAGGAAUGAUAAGGUUCAGAAGAUUGGUGUAAUGGCUCUUGUCAACCUUGCAGUCAACAAUAACCGGAACAAGGUAAUGCUCAUAACAGCAGGAGUGAUACCAUUGCUGGAGCAGAUGAUCUCAAACUCUGACAACUGUGAAGAAGCUAUAGCCCUGUACCUUGACCUCUCCUGUCUCGAUGAGGCCAAGCCUGUGAAUGGCUUGACUGAGGUUGUCCGUUUGCUCGUCCAGCUUCUACGAUCCAAUAACAGCAGAAGUAGCUUCCGCAAGCUUGAUGCCCUUUGUAUUCUCCACAACCUCUCCAUGCAUCCACCAAACAUCCCUUCCCUCCUAUCAUCAGGUGUAGUGGAUUGUCUACAUUCCCUCAUCGGAGCCCCUUCAGGGCCUGAAGGCGCCAAAUGGACCGAGAAAGCUCUCGCGGUCUUGGUAAACUUAGCAUCCACCAAAUCUGGAAGGGAAGAGAUGGUAUCGACCCGAGGCCUUGUCGGUGAACUUGCAGAGGUCUUGGACACCGGUGAGCCUGAAGAGCAAGAGAAGGCUGUGUCUUGCCUCUUGAUCCUGUGCAAUGACAACAAUGAGUGCAGCCAAAUGGUGUUGCAGGAAGGCGUCGUGCCGGCCUUAGUAUCGAUCUCUCUGAACGGGACAAGUGCAGGGCAGGAGAAGGCAAGGAAAUUGCUGAAGUUGUUCAGAGAGCAGCGACAACGCGAGCAGCAGCAGGGUGGUGAGCUGAUCAUGGAGGCAAGGCCAUCAUGUAAAGCAAGAUCAAAGAAGCUGAAUUCCAUAUGGAAGAACAAGAGUUUUGCACUGUUCCAAUGCUAGGGAUGUUGAUCACUGGCUAUAAAAUUUGCCAUUGUAUCUUAGGUUCGUGUUCUUCUUUUACUUUGCCUUUGUGAAGUGGAAAGAUGUACAUUGUCAUCGCUCUCUUGCUCCAAACGAGCUUUUGUUGA